GCCUUUGGAAGUGCCAAUCGUCCAGUACUAACCCCAUGAUUUUGUAUAUGGUAUGAUCUGAUGAUGUCAUCCAGAGUUUUGAUCACGCCCUUCUAUCGACCAAUCAGCUUGCAGAUUCCCACGACUGAUGGAAAGGUAAACUUCUGGGGAUUUUUCUGGUCUCAUUUCCUCCUCAGUAGUCCUCCCAUCUACCGAGAAAGAAAUAAGUAGAACUCUACAGCUUCUCACAAGUCUAAGUUUAAGGUUUUUAGCAGAGUAUCUGAGGGAAAAUGUUAUCCUGGGACGUCGUCGCAGACGACAGCGGGGUCGACUCGCCCGGGUCGUCCCUGGGCUCGCCCACUCGCCACAGAACCGCCAUGAGCCACGACGACUCUGCGCCGAGCUCGCCCGGAUCUCCCGGGUCCUGUGGACCAAGUUCUCCGCCAGAUAUGAAGAUCCCCACUGAACGUCAGGUAAUCCUGAACAGCAGGGGCAAGAGAAGGAACACUGUGAAAAGCAUGCUGAUAGAGAAUGGAAACUACCCAUACCCAAACCAAGGAAGCCCACAAAAUGGCAAGCAGGGGAGCCCGAGACGUUACACGAGUCAGGCAAGCCCACCAAACCUUCUCUACCUUCAAUCUACAGUUGGAGAGUAUCCUGUGGUUGUCAACACCUACAGUUUAGCCCCUCAGAGUCAGAUGCCUCCAAUGAAUAUCACUUCCAGUGCUUGGCCGGAGAUAAGUGUGCUAUCACCAAGUAGCACUUUGUCAUCAACUUGGCCACAACCAACUGUGUCCAACAAGGUGAUGCUCCCAUCUUCUUCAAUCAGCAGUUCAUGUGUGAGCAGUGACUCUACAGGACACGUCACCAGCCAGUCCCCGCAAGUUGCUGUGGUCACCCCUUCGCGCUCCAUCCCUUUGGAAUCUUCCAUCACACCUAAUGAUAAUGGGGCUGUUGACUUGAUCCUGGCCUUGAAUGAAACCUAUGCAGCACCAAACUCUGAUUCAGCCAAACCAGAAUACGAGAAGCCAGACAUUGGCAACAGUGCUUGGCUGCAGAUUGACACCAAGGCUUUAGGCAAUGGUCUCCUUGACAACAUCGAAACGUUCGACAGCGUAGAUUCAGGCUAUACUUCUAUCAAAGGUGGAAGUGAAGGGAUCCAGAUGCUGUUUGACACAGAAAGUCCAUACAACCCGCAGGGAACAAGCACACCCAAAUGGAGCCCUCCUCAGACAACAGCUUCAGUAGUGGCGCCACCUAGCGGUACAGUCUCCCCACCAAAGACAUUCAGCUCCAAGAACGGCUUGUCCAUGGGCAUCAUGCAGGAAGUUACACUAGCAAACACCACAACAACAUCGCUCCCUUCAUACACCUUGCCACUCUAUGAAACCGAAUUUCGUGCUCCAAAAGGCCCCCCUACCACAAUGUACAUCCCACCGGGAGGGAAGGUACAGCAACGGCCGCUCAUCAGGCCAUCACAGUUGGGAGUCAAUAGUUUGAUGACAAACCAGACGUUGCCACCUUACACUAUCCAGAAUCACUCCCUUCCCAGCGCACAGCCACACAACAGCGGUCCUGUCAGUCAGCCACGUCCGACAAGCCGUCAGUCUGCAGAGCGAAGCCUGCCACUUGCCAGGCAGAUCUCUCAAGAAAUUCCUAAAGAUGCGCUGUUGCAUCAGGACGACGAUGGGGACACGUACCUGACAAUAGUGGUGAUGCAGGGGAACUGUGAUGUGGUGCAGGCUGUGGCAGAGCAGAUGGUCAGCCUUAACCUCAGUCUGGACAUCCCUGACAAACAUGGAAAGACUGCCCUGAUGCUGGCUGUGAUGGAGAAGAGGGGGGAUAUGGUGUAUCACCUGGUCCGUCUGGGGGCAGAUGUGAACAAACAGGACAAGGAGGGCCGUACAGCGCUCCACUUCAUCGCUGUGAACGGGGCCAUAGAAGUGCUGGAAUGUCUCUACAAGGCAUGUAAGGAAGAACACAAGGAAAUCAACAUGGACUGCAAGAACUACCAAGGCCUAACAGCCCUGCACUGUGCCCUGAUGGAGAGUGGUCACUGCCAGGGCCAGCUGAAACAGCUGCCCAGGGCCCAGUCCAUCACCAACGUCCCCGGCACGUUCAUGGAGACACGAGAGAAGCAGGUCCUGAGGGGGAAACAACAGAAACUGCAGCAGGUGGUGAAGGCAAUGCUGGUCAUGGGAGCCUCUCCACGCUGUCAGGAUGCAAAGAGUGGCCGUACAGGGCUGCAUCACGCUGUGCAGAGCUGCAGUACUGAGCUGGUGGAGCUGCUACUGUUUCACUACCACAACGCUGAUAUCAAGCACAAGUUUGUCAACCAGACAACGUACAACGGGAACACAGCACUGCACGCAGCAGUGGGACUGCAAGAUGACGGCAGGGCUGAUAUUGUGCGGCUGAUUGCAAAGAAUGGAGCAGACCAGAGCAUCAGGAAUGAUGAGAAUGACAGGGCCAUAGACCUGGUCAAGAAGGAGGAUACUGCAGUCCGCAGCAUUCUCGGCGGUGGAAAGAAGUUCCGCAACUGAACAGCUCACCUGGUCAUCUGGUGUGGUGUCCUAGGCAGCUAGCAGGAAACAUCUUGAUAAGUUUGUUCAUAUGAAGGUUUAAUGUGUGAAGCCAACACCCUAGAAAGGGGUGGAAGUGUACAUGUAGACUUUGCAAGGCAGAAUGCUUUUGCUUAGCACAUAAAAUAUAUUGUACUUGAACAAAAGCACUCUACCUUGAACGUUGCAUGAGAUGUUUGAAUAAGAAGAUGUUAACUUUUAGUCGAUAUACAAGUGGAUGUUUUGUGUAAUGUAGACAUUACAACAGAAUGUCCCAACAUUAAUUCAAGAAAUGUGCAGAUAUUGUGGGUAAGGAAUAUUCAAUGUGGUAAAUCAUUCACAAAAUCACAGCUAUGAUCUGGUCCAUCAAUGCUCCAGAGGAAAAUGGAAUAUUCCUCUUGAUCUCAUUUGGCUAAUCAUUGGGGGACUCAUUAUACAAAAUAACUGUUUUUAAACAACAAAUAUUUGUCAUCUAGGGAUCUGUCGGGCAAUUGUAUCUCAUUACAGACAAACAUUUUCCAAAGACAUAAAACAUUGUUCCUUGCCUGCAAUGAAGCAAAAUGUUAAAGUUCAUAUUGAACGUUGUACAUGAAAGUCAUCCACAUUGUCAUUGUGGAUGGCUGUCCAGGUCUUUGCACUAAUGUUACAGCCAUGAUCUUCUUCUUGCAUAUGGCUUGCACUUUAAGAUCUUUGUGUAGCUUUUGCAGUCAAAUUGAAAUGCUAUCAAAUCAUCAGUAUUGUCCAAAUGACCACACACAAAAAUGCCAAAAGAUAACGGGUGUCAUCUGAAAUGACUGACUGUCUAAAUCAUAUCCAGUUUCUUCAGUAAUUACUAUUCGGCAUAUCUUAUUACCCAGAUGUCUCAUCUUCAUCAAUGCACACAUGAAAAUCUUUUUUCGUUAUUCAGCUACAUCAGUGUACUUGUAGCUCAGACAAAUGCCCUUAUCUUUGCGGCUGUAAUGCUAAGACCUGGACUUAUUUAGCCCCUAUGGUGGCUCCUUAUGAUCAGUAAACACAAAAAAAAAAACUAUCUAAAAUGUUAUCCACCUUCUGCCUUUAGAGUUUUGCGUGUUCUUAACUGUAAAGCAGAGAAGUAGCAUCAUUUUGAUGUACGAAAUACAACAAAAGUGGUUUGACUUUAAAAGUCCCUUUCUGUGAUCUUUGAUAUCAUGGAUUGUACUGACACGUUGUUUUAAUAGUGUUGCUACAUUUACACUUGCCGUAACAAUGCUACACCCAUGUCCAGUAUCAGGGUGAAGUGCACGAAGUUGUCCUAAGUUAAGUUAGAUGGCAGAAGUUGUCCGAAGUUGUCCGAAGUUAUGACGUCAUCCUAACUUUGGACAGUCGGCCGGGUGGUGUACGAAGUUGUCCGAUUUUACGUCAUCUAUGAAUCCCGAUAUAGCCUCAAAGCCAGUAGGAAACGGUUGUAACUUCGUACAACUUCGUACACCCUAACUUCGUGCACUUCACCCUGAUACUGGACA